AUGGCCUCCUUCAAGCUGACGAACCUGUGCUUCAUAGUUGUCAUGUUCUUUGCUGUCUUCUCCUGUUGCAGAGGGCAGGGAGGUGGUGGUGCUGGAGCAGGAGCGGGAGGCGGAGGGGGGUCGGGCAUUGGUGCGAUAGUACCAGGGACGCAGGACUCGGUCCAGAUUGUGGCGCAAGCUGCUCUCUGCUUUGACAACAGACCAGUGCUCACCGGGUGCCUGCAGGCGAUGGGCAUCAAUGCCAGCGGCACCGGCGCGAGCAUGCCGCCGCCUGCCCCGGGCGGCGCGUCGACGGCGAUCAUGUGCAGCCCGCCGUGCUUCGGGCACGUGACCAUGAUGAUGAGCUGCGUCAACGCCAUCUUCGGCAACUUCGUCAGCUACAACCCCGGCCUCAUGCAGGGCGUCCAGGCCGUCUUCCAGAUGUCCUGCGGCAACGUCAACGGCCCAGGAGGAGCCGGAGCAGGAGCCGGCGGUGCUGCCGGUGCAAUGGGAGGCGGGCCGGCUGGUAACGCUGGUGGUGGUGCUGGUGCCGGCGGUGCCAGUGGUGGAGUUGGAGGCGGGGCUGCCGGUGGCAUUCCUAACGGCAUCGGCGGGCCCGGUGGCAUUCCGAACAGUAUGGGCGGUGCCGCUGGCGGAGGCGGUGGCGCGGCCGGUGCUAGCGGUGGAGGUGCCAGUGGUACUACUAACAGCAUCGGCGGGGCCAUGGGCGGAGGCGCCGGUGCCGGAGGAGCUAGCGGUGGGGCUGGAGGCGGCAACGACACUACCAACGGCGGCGCUGCCACCGGUGCCAUUGGCAGCGACAACAUCACAAGCGUUUCACCCAAUGCAGGCUCGCACGUGGCGGUGAGCAACCAAAGUCAGCCGACCAGCAGCGCGGGCGGGCCCACUCUCAGUCUCAAAGGCGCCUGCUCCUCCGUGCUGGCGAUCUGGGCCGGCGCAUGGCUGGUGCUGUUCUAG